AAAAAAAAAAAGAAAAGUAGAUGGUGGGAAGAAGAAAGAAGAAAAAGAAAAAGAAAAUAUAUAUGUAAAUAGGGAAGAAGCAAACUUAAAAGUUCAUCAAAAUUCAGAUGAAGCACAUGGGAAGAGGGGUUGUGAGUGGUGGUAAAUUUUAAUAUAAUUUUUAGAAAAAGAAAGAAAGAAAGAAAGAAAGAAAAGAAAGUAAGAAACAAAAUAAAAAGAAAAAGUAUUGUUUGACAUUCAUUAAAAAGGGUUUUUAAGAAAAGAAAUUAAAGAGAAUUAUGGAAGGAUGGAUUAGAGUGAGAAGAGACUGUUGUUGGUUAUUUGUUCCUGAAUUUGCCUUUUCUUAUAAUUUCUUCUUCUUUCUUUUCUCAUCAUUUAUUAUUCUUUUAUUAUUUAUUUUUUGUUAUUCCAUCAUGAUAAUUAUUCUAUACUGCUUUUCUGUUCCUUGACUAUUACGGUAUUUAGGUUAAGUGCCCAAACGGGAAUUCGUAGUUUCAUUGCUUCCGGUUUUUCAAUUUUGUUUCGGAUGAGUGUUUUUCGUUUUUGAUUCUAGGGUUUCCCCCUUUUUUUUUUUGUUCUUUUUAUCUUCUUCUUCCUCUUCCUUCGAUCUUCAUCUUCGAUUUCGAUGGAAGCUGCUGCCUCCGACGGCGAGAAUCACAACCUCAAUAAUGAUAAUAUUAACAAAAUUAGUAACUCCAGUGAGGGUCUUAGCAAGCCCAAGCGCCAGAUGAAGACUCCGUUUCAGCUUGAAACCCUCGAGAAAGCCUAUGCUUUGGAGACUUACCCAUCGGAGUCCACAAGGGCUGAACUUUCGGAGAAAUUGGGCCUCACCGAUCGGCAAUUGCAGAUGUGGUUUUGUCACAGGAGGUUGAAGGACAAGAAAGAGCCGGCGAAGAAACCCAGAAAGGUGGUACCUGCUCCGGCGUUACCUGAUUCUCCCAUUGACGAAUUGAGAGUAGUGGCUGAGCCGGGUAGUGAUUAUGCUUCAGGGUCGGGAUCGGGUUCGAGUCCAUUUGGUGAUGUUGGGUUGCGUAAUGCGGCACCUAGAAGUGUUGGAGAUGAUAUGCCAAUGAUGAGAAGGUAUUAUGAAACUUCACGGUCUGUUAUGGAACUUAGAGCUAUUGCUUGUGUGGAGUCGCAGUUAGGUGAGCCAUUGAGGGAGGACGGACCUAUUCUUGGGAUCGAAUUUGAUCCACUACCACCUGAUGCUUUCGGAGCACCUAUAGUAGCAGAACAGCAGAAGCGAUCUGGACAUUAUGAACAACGGGAUGCAAAAUCAAAUAAAGUGGCUGCAAGAGGAUUCCCUGAAUAUCCCUUUAUGCCGGACCAGGCUAAUAUUAGAGCUGAUGCCUAUGGUCCAGUUUCCCAAUUACAUUAUUCAGAUUCUUUAGGCGAGGUUUCAGCAGCCAGGACACCAUCAUUUUUGCAUGGUCAUGAACAGUUGAACAGGAGCCAUAAUUACCACAGUCAGGUCUCAAGGGUUCGUCACAUGUCUCAACAGGAGAAGCAGGGAGUUACAAUUUCAUCUCCUGCUGAAGACAAUGCAUUUUCCCUUCCAAGGGAUUCUUAUCCAAAUAUCAGAAUGAGUUCGCAGUUCACCGAACACCCAAUUGUUGGACAAGAAAAUUCUUAUGUGUUGCCUGAUGGGCAUUUUCCAAACGAUGCCAUGAUUAGGAUGGAAAGGAAACGCAAGAGUGAAGAAGCUCGUUUGAGCAAAGAAGCUGAAGCCCACGAAAUAAGAAUGCGGAAAGAGCUUGAAAAACAAGAUAUUUUGAGGAAAAAGAAUGAAGAACGAAUGAGGAAAGAAAUGGAAAAGCAAGAUCGCGAAAGAAGAAGAGAGGAGGAGAGGUUACUGCGAGAAAAGCAGCGUGAAGCUGAGAGAUUGAAGCGUGAGGAAAGACGUGAACAUGAACGAAGGGAAAAGUUUCUGCAGAGGGAGUAUUUGAGGGCUGAAAAGAGGAAACAAAAAGAAGCUAUUCGCAAAGAGAAGGAAGCUGUGAGGCGCAAAGCUGCUAUUGAGAAGGCUACUGCUCGUAGAAUUGCCCGUGAGUCUAUGGAGCUUAUUGAGGACGAACAGCUUGAACUGAUGGAACUGGCUGCCGCGAACAAAGGAUUAUCCUCCAUAUUAAAUCUUGAUCACGACACUUUGCAGAAUCUUGAAUCUUUCCGAGAUUAUCUUGGUGCAUUUCCACCCAAGUCUGUGCAACUGAAGAAACCUUUCGGCAUUCAGCCUUGGGUCAAUUCAGAGGAGAACAUUGGUAACCUUCUCAUGGUCUGGAGAUUUUUUAUUACGUUUUCUGAUGUUCUAGAGCUGUGGCCCUUUACUCUUGAUGAGUUUGUUCAAGCUCUUCAUGACUAUGAUUCGAGAUUGCUGGCUGAGAUUCACAUUUGCCUUUUGAGACUGAUUGUAAAAGAUAUUGAAGAUGUUGCAAGAACACCUUCUACUGGAAUGGGAAUGAACCAGAAUGGUGUUGCCAAUUCUGGAGGCGGACAUCCGCAGAUUGUUGAAGGGGCAUAUGCAUGGGGGUUUGACAUUUGCAAUUGGCAGAAGCAUUUAAACCCAUUAACAUGGCCAGAAAUAUUUAGACAAUUAGCACUAUCAGCUGGACAUGGACCUCAGUUGAAAAAGAGGAGUUUGGCAAUGUCUGAAAUGCGUAGCAAAGAUGAGGCUAAAUGCGGUGAGGACGUAGUUUCUACUUUACGCAAUGGUUCAGCCGCUGAAAAUGCAUUUGCUAUCAUGCAAGAAAAAGGUUUGUUAGCUCCUCGCAGAUCUAGGCAUCGGCUAACUCCUGGAACUGUCAAAUUUGCUGCUUUUCAUGUUCUUUCCCUAGAAGGCAGUGAGGGGCUAACAGUACUAGAGCUUGCAGAGAAGAUACAGAGAUCAGGACUUAGAGAUCUGUCUACAAGCAAAACACCGGAGGCUUCCAUUUCUGUUGCUUUGACAAGGGAUACUAAGCUUUUUGAAAGAAUAGCUCCUUCCACAUAUCGCGUACGAGCCCCCUAUAGGAAGGAUCCAGAUGAUGCCGAUGAGAUACUUUCUGUAGCUAGAAAGAAAAUUCAGGUAUUCCAGAAUGGGUUCUUGGCUGGAGAAGAUGCCGAUGAUGUUGAAAGAGAUGAAGAAUCUGAAUGUGAUGAUGUUGACGAAGAUCCUGAAGUUGAUGAUAUAGCGACGACUUCCUUGGUGAAUGAAGAUGUUAGCAAAGGAGAUGUGAACUUGGAAGUUGAGAAUGAGAACUUAUGUCAUGAUAUUGCUGGAAAUCUACAAAAUGAUAUUGCCAAAGAUGUAUUGCCAUUCCCUCUAAGUGAUUCUAAGGAUGCAAAAUAUUUAAGCAUGCCUACAGAGCAGUAUGCUGCUGUUGAUGACACUACUAUCAGUGACCUUGAUCAAGAAAAUAUGGAGAUCGAUGAAAGCAAGGAAGGUGAAUCAUGGAUCCAAGGACUUACAGAAGGUGAAUACCAUGAUCUUAGUGUUGAGGAGCGCUUGAAUGCCCUUGUUGUCUUGACCAGUAUUGCAAAUGAAGGAAACUCUAUUCGCCUUGUCCUUGAGGAUCGCUUGGAAGCUGCAAAUGCUGUUAAGAAGCAAAUGUUGACAGAGGCUCAGAUUGAUAAAUCUCGCCUAAAAGAAGAGAUCAUUACUAAAUCUGAUUUUCCAAUUCAUAUAGUAAGCAAGGUGGAAAUUGAACUCAACGGUUCCACUAUGGAUGGUGGGCAAAGCCCUUUUCCUGUCGCUGACAAUAAGAACAAUGAAACAACCCCAAGCACUGCAGAAAACCACAGUAGUGUGCCUAAUGAGAGGGGUACUUUAGUGCCAGAUCUUUUCCCAGGUCCAGAUAACUUCUUGGCUCAGCAAUGUGGACAUGCUUCAAAGAGGUCACGUUCACAGUUAAAAUCUUAUAUUGCCCAUAGAGCUGAAGAAAUGUACACAUACAGAUCUUUGCCUCUUGGUCGAGAUCGUAGGCGUAAUCGGUAUUGGCAAUUUGUUGCAUCUUCUUCAAGCAAUGAUCCUGGUUCUGGGAGAAUCUUUGUUGAAAUGUACGAUGGAAACUGGAGGCUUAUUGAUUCUGAAGAGGGUUUUGAUGCUCUUUCAUUGGCUUUGGACACACGUGGGAUUAGAGAAUCACACUUACGCAUAAUGUUGCAAAUGAUAGAGACAUCAUUUAAGGAAAAUGUUAGGAGGAAUCUGCAGUGUGCCAAUGAGAUGGUUCAAAGUGGAAUUACUCCUAAAAAUGAAAAUGAUUAUUCAAGCUCUAGUCCUGAUUGCACUGCUGGUUUUAACAGUCCUAGCAGUACUGUUUGCGGAUUAAAUUUGGAUACAAUGGUAACAUCAUCUUCAUUCAGAAUUGAGCUUGGGAGAAAUGAAAACGAAAAGAAGAAUGCAUUUAGACGGUAUCAAGACUUGCAGAGGUGGAUGUUAAGAGAGUGCUUUAGCACAUCUACGCUAUGUGCCAUGAAAUUUGGAGAAAAAAGAUGCAAUUCACUGUUUGACAUUUGUGAUUCUUGUCUGUGCUUGUUUGAUUCUCAACAUUCUCACUGUCCUUCGUGCCAUCAAACUUUUGGUGUUGGUGGGAAUGAUAUUAAUUUUCUAGAACACACACGUCACUGUGAGAGGGAAAGGAAGUCUAGCCCUUUGGAUACACACUUUUUAGAUGCAUCUCUUCCCCUCAAAAGUAGGUUGCUCAAGGCUUUCCUAGCUUUCAUUGAGGUACAUGUUCCGUCGGAAGCUUUUCAAUCAUUUUGGACAGAACAUAGGCAAGAGUGGGGUGUCAGGAUGAAACUAUCUUCUUCUAUUGAGGAGCUUCUACAGUUAUUGACCAUGUUUGAAAGUGUAAUUAAGCGAGACUUUCUAAAAUCAGACUUCACUACAACUGACGAGCACCUAAGUUCAUGUUCUAUCUCUGGGAAUGUUAUACAUGAUCCCGCAGAUAUUGGAUCGGUAAUUACAUUACCGUGGAUUCCACGGACUAGUGCAGCUGUUGGUUUAAGGCUUUGUGAGGUAGAUGCAUCAAUUUAUUAUAUUGGAUGUGAGAAACCAGAGCCUGACCAGGACAAGGAACUCGGAGAACAUAUAAACUUUUCCAGUAGAUAUGUCCAGGUUAAGAAUGAUGAGCGGACUAAACUAAAUGGCUUGGAUUAUGAUGAUCUGAUGAAGAACGAAAACUCAGCCGAUCCAAAAAGUUUAAGGAACAGCUAUAAACGCGGUAGAGGAAGUAGAGAUUUUGGACGUCGUAGGAAGUGGCAGAAAAAAGUUAAUGGAUCCAGAUCUGGCCGGGUCCGGCAAAAUGUCAAGAGUAACGAGAAGAUUAAUCAAGGACAGGGAGAGCUGGGACAAGGAACUCAGCUUAUGGGCAUACGCGGCCGCCGUACAGUAAGGAAAAGGAGGGCUGAGAAGAGCAUUCCAGAUGAAGGAUUGUCAGGGCUAGUGCCUAGUAGUAGCACUCAGAACAUAGAUGAAUCCCCAAAAGAUUAUCUUGGGGAAUGGGAGGAUGAAAAAAUGGAUAGAUUUGUCGAUAUGGAAGACGAAGAGAAUGUGAUGGAAGAUGAAGAGAAUAUGAUGGAAGAUGAGGAAAAUGAGGAGAAUGAAGAGAAUGUAAACAACGUAGAACAGAUGGACUCCGACGAUGGCCAGGAAGUUGGAUAUGAGCAAGGGGGCUGGGAGUUUGGGUUUGAAGGGACUUCCAACAGAUGGAAUGGUGAUUUAGGGAUAGGUAGUGAUGAGGAUGUGGAUUUAUCUGACUACAAUGGCACUGAAGAGGGAGGAAAUGAUGAUAUAGAGGAAUUAGAUGUUGAUAGCAGCGAGGAGUCGGAUUGUUCACCAAAUAGGAUAGGCAACAAUGGUGGAGGAGAAUCCGCUGUUUCAGACGACUAUAGUGACUAAAUAAAAUAUCAGACAUUAAGGAGGUGCAUAAUUUUGAUACCCUUCAACUAGCGGCUGAAUUUGUGUACAGGGGAACAAAAUAGCAGUUUUUCCCCAAACCAAAUAUAUUUUAGUUUUAGAAUCCCCCAUGACUGACAUUAUCUAGAUGAUCUUUAGUCUAAUUUAUUACUGGAAAAUGUAUCAUCCUAUCCUAGAUUAUUUGAUAAUAAAAAUUUGUAAAGUUAUAGUUGCUACAAGUUGUUCUACAUGGGGGGGAAAAAACAUGACUUGAUCACACUGCAGAAUCGUUGAAAUUUUACAAGGCCUUGUUUUA